UUUUGUUCAUUGUAUUAGCUUUUUUUUUCUAGAAUGUUGAUCUAAAGACAUAAUUCCAAGAUGAGCACUGAAGAAGAUCCAUACAGUCAAGUGUGUACUGUAUCAAUAAAACCACUGGAUGGCAAAGCUGAGGGAACAUGUAGUGGAAUAUUACUAGACACUCAACAGGGCCUCAUUUUAACACAUGCAUCACUGUUAUACCCCUUAGUGGAGGAAUGUGAUCCUGAGAGACUCCGUAGACUGGUACGAGAUGGCAGUGGGGAUAAAAGAAUUUUUUCUGGUGCUGUCAAUAUCGAGGUGACUUUACCGAAUAGUGAUAAUGGCCUUGAGAAUACGUUCUUCACAAAUGACAGGACCAUUCAUCCUGUUAAACUGUUAAGCCAAGCAGUUCAAGAUGUUAGACCAUUCGUUCGGUGUAAGGGUAAACUAAAGACAAUAUUUGAAUGUAAACGACUGAGAGAUGUUCUCACAAAACUGAUGCCUAGUGAUUCAUGGCAAUUUGUGGAAGAUAUUUCCGCAGUUGAGAAUAAAACUGAGCAAGAUAACAAAUCGGGUAAUAAGGCAGAGCUGUGUUAUAAUUUAUUGCCAUUUUUCAUUCUUAUCAAAUUACAGAAUUUAUAUCCGAUGGAAAAUGUUUUAUCAGUUAGGGAUUCUGUUGACAAUAAAGCAGGAGAUCCUGUGGAGAUUUGCGCAACACCUUUCGGGAAUAUGAGUCCAGAGGUUUUCCUAAAUGCCAAGAGUAGAGGGAUAUUAAGUAAAGUAGCGGGGCCUCGAGGAGUGUUAUUAAUGACGGAUGCAAGAUGUGUACCUGGUAGCGAAGGUGGAGCUCUUUUCUACUGUCAUAAAAGAAAAAGGUUAUUAACAGGUAUUGUGAUAGCCUCAUUAUGUUGGAAGAACAAUGAAUGGGUGGGAUUAUCACUGGCAUGUGCAAUAAGUGAAGUGAUUGGCAGCUUGAAGUCACAUUUAACACAUGACCUUGACAAGAUCAAAAGGACAGAGUAUGUCGGCGGAUUUGGUCAAGGUUUUAUACCUAGGUUGAUCAAGCAUGUGAGAUGUGUCAAUGUAGGGCACAACUGGGGAUCGGGUGUGGUCAUUGACUCGGAAAAAGGUGUCAUCAUGACUUGUAGCCAUGUUCUGAAUGAUGCUAAAUACUCUGGAGUGCAUGUGAGUGAUUCUGAAUCCAGUUCAUCAGAGAUGUGCAAUAUUAUUUAUAGAACACCCCUGAAGUCACAGUUUGAUAUCGCCCUUAUACAACAGAAAAAUGUAACAGCACAUUUAAGUGAAGACAAACAAAUUAGAUUCGGAAAAGCUGUUGAGGGUGAAGUAGUAUAUGUGAUAGGUCAUGCUAUAUUUAGAGGCUAAGGGGACACAUUACCAAUGGUUUGUAGAGGCAUUGUAUCAAAGAUUGUGCAACACAAUAAAGUCCCAGUCAUGUUACAGACAACUUGUGCAGUUCAUGCUGGUGUGAGUGGUGGUGGUGUAUUUAAUACCCGUGGACAGCUGGUAGCAAUAGUGGUCUGCAAUUCAAAGGAUACAGUCUCAGGGGCCUGUUACCCUCAUGUCAACAUGUGUGUUCCUAUAGAAACAGUUGCAUCGGUCAUCAGACAUUAUCUAAAAACUUCAGAUGAAGCCAUACUUAGAUCUCUUCAUGUUAGGAAUGAUGCUGUAAUAAGAAUAUGGAGUAUCGGAACUGAAGAUUGCACCAUAAUAAGCCGUAUAUAAGACGAAAUUUAUAUCACAGAUGGUUUCCUGAUUACUAAUAGUGAAUAGAGUACUUGAACAGCACUUGAUGGCACUAGAUCAUCAUGGCAAUUUCUGGAGAAAUAUGGAAGGCCAUCUUGACAGAACAUACUUGAACAUCAUUAAUUUGUUGGCUCCAGAUCAUCUUUGACACUUCAUGGAGAAAUCUGGAAAGCCAGCUGUGACACACUAUACUUGGACUUCACUCAAUUCCUUCAUUGAGCAAUAUGUAAAUGAAACUAUAAAGUUUUCCUGUUAAGAACACAGGCACGGAUCCAGUGUUUAUUUUUUUGUUUAAUAUAAAAAAUCCCUUUUUUUUUCACACAAUUAAACUUUUAUAUGUUAGUCAAAUGAAAAAAAAAUCGAUGACAAAAAGUCCGGUCACAGUAUCAUAUACAUUGAAAAGGUGAACUAUGCGAGCGUAACGCUAUGGGAAGUUACUCGGCAAACUUGUAGAACAGUUUAUACACUUGCAGCCGCUACCUGCGUGAUUGCACCUUCGAAACAUUUAAGUUGACCCCAUAAAUUGCUUUGAAAAACACGAGCGAAAUAUUUCAGUUAUCCCCGGUCAUUUCAUUCCGGAUAGUGAACGUGUUCCUGGUUUUGAUCACUUCGUUUGGCAGCUGAAAUCGCCGGGGAUAUUUGAAAUAUUUCGCUCCUAGGGACUUGUACUGUGUAUUUCAAAGCAAUUUAUGGGAUAAAAAUAAAAGUUUAAUUGUGUCCUUUUCCAUGUAUAUGAUAUUGUGACCGGAUUUUUUGUCAUCAAUUUUUUUUUCAUUUGACUAACAUAUAUAAAGUAUAUUUGUGUGAAAAAAACAUAUUUUUUAUAUCAAACAAAAAAAUAUACACUGGACCCAUGCCUGUGGUUAAGAAAGGCUGUAUAGUUUUGUUGGAAUGGAACUUUGUGGUUUUGUCCAUGAAUUCUUAGCUUUCAACAUUUGGACACAAGAAAAAUGAAAAUUUUAUUUAUUUGUUUGUUUAAUUUUGAUGAUUGAUGCAGUCAUGAAAUCUAUGAAAAUGGGCCCUCCAUGAAUAUUAUAUAAAUCAGUAUGUCCAAUCUACAGUUGGUCGCAGACUGACUAGAUAUAAAGCCAAUAGGAUUUAAGAGUAGGAAAACCAGCAUAUGGUGCUAAUGCACAUAUUUCUGGUAUGAAAAUAAGUGUGUAUUUCUUUUUAAGAGACCUUGAGAAUUUAUUAUUUAUACCUUUGUUUUCAAAAGCCAUGGCCCGCCCGCUUAGCUCAGUAGGGAGAGCGUAGGUCUACAGAUUGCGGGGUCAGGAGUUCAAUCCCCGGGUGGGGCGUAUGUUCUCUGUGACGAUUUGAUAAAAGACAUUGUGUCUGAAAUCAUUCGUCCUCCACCUCUGAUAAUUCAUGUGGGGAAGUUGGCAGUUACCUGUGGAGGACAGGUUUGUACUAGUACAGAAUCCAGGAACACUGGUUAGGUUAACUGCCCGCUGUUACAUGACUGAAAUACUGUUGAAAAACAGCGUUAGCCCCCAGCUUUCCCCCCCACCCCCCCAAUAAAAAAAAAUAGAAAUUAAACUAAGAGUCACUUCCUGAACCCCUUUUUCAGCACAGUAUUGUCUUUACAGUAACCACUUAAUGCUAUUAGCUCACCCGCUUAAUAUGGAGAGUGCAGAUCUAUGGAUCGAAGAGCCGUCACUAUGACAAUUUGAUAAAGACAUAAUGUCUGAGACGAUUUGUCCUUCACCUGUGAUGUAUGUGGGGAAGUUGGCAGUGACUUGCACAGAACAGGUUUGUACUUGUACAGAAUCCAGGAACACUAGUAAUAAGGUUAACUGUCCACAGUAUAACUGAAAUACUGUUGAAAAAAACAAAUGUGCUAUAACACGUCUGUUUUUUCCAAUGGAAAUUAUACGAUGACAGGUAAUCCGGGCUCUAUAUUUUGAAGUAAAACAUCCUUAAAGUACUUGUAGUUUGAAAAUGGUAUGCUUUAUUUGUUAAGUAUGUUAAAAGUUUGUCUUGUUAAUGUAAUAUUUAACUAUAUUAAAACAAAAAUGACCAAAGUUA